CUUGAUACUAUCAAAUUAUCAAACACAUUUCAUUAUUAUCUGUGAAAGUCUUACUUUCGUUCCCAGAAACCCACACAUAAAACCUCCCGAGGUCGAGAAAAUGCCGAAUUGCAGGUUUCUCUAUCACAACGGCGUCGUUUUGGAGGCUCCUCCCGUCGCUACAUUCCUUGAAUCGCUCACGGGUGCGUAUACAACGACGAGAACGACAAACGGCGGCACUAGCUUCUUGUUCUGGGAGAGGCAUAUGAAGAGGCUUUCCGGCACGAUUCGUAUCCUUUCGAAUUCAGACCCCGAGCUUCUGUACGGUUCGUCGCGGUUUUCGAUGGAUCGUCCGGUCCCGGAUUCGAGUAUCUACGAUCUAGUCAAUGGUUCUAUGAACAAGGCUCUGAGAUCCGUUAGGGGAAGAAUUCGUGGAGAGGAAUUAGCGGUGACGGUUCUCGUCACUGGCGAUGCGGAGAAGCUGAGUAGGUUAGGUGGUGAGAAGCGUGACCAGGAGGAGGAGAGAAAGCUUGCGGCGGGUUUUCUCCAUGUGUGGUUGCAUAUAGGUGGAUACUCGCCCUGCCCGUUAGGUGCCGCGAGCUUGGCUUUGGUCGGUCAUGGCCGACACGUUGCUGCUGCUAAAUACUCAGACUGGGCAAGGCUGAGGAAGCCUCUGGAGAAGUUUAGACCUCAUGCGACCACUGAGCUUCUUUUGUCCAACGAUGGUGAUCAUUUGCUUGAGGGUUGCGUCACAAACUUCUUCGUAGUUUGCCGCAGGGUACAGUCAUCACCACCUGACGAUCUCUACGGCGAGAGUUUGAGCGAGUUCGAAGUGCAGACCGCGCCUGUAACCGAUGGUGUGCUUCCAGGAGUUAUAAGAGAGGUUGUGAUUGAUGUGUGCUUAAGCAAAGGGAUUCCAUACUGCGAGAGAGCUCCUUCGUGGUCUGAGCGUGAGCUUUGGGAAGAAGCCUUCAUUACAAGUAGUCUGAGGAUUUUGCAGCACGUUGGGACGAUUAAAGUACCGGUUGGUUCAUUGGAAGCAUUGGCUGCUUGUACCAAACCAGAGGAGAUUCAGUGGAAGGAGAAAAGGUUUGAGGAAGGACCUGGAAUGAUCACUGGCUUAAUCCAGAGAGCGAUAAUGGAGAGAGGAGUUGAAGAAGGUUUCCCGUUGAAGGACUUGUAUAUCAACGCUCUCGUUUUGCGAUUUGAGCUAGAAGCUCUUAAUUAUUAUACAACCAACUCAACGGUGACUCACAGUGGACACGUGUCACUCAAUCAUUUGAUGCUCUCCGAAUCAGCAUCAAAUACGGCUCCUCCACGUGAGCUCGGGGACUAUUUCGCAUUAAAUAAAUACCCGAAUUCCCCUCUACUUCAGUUUUUCAGCUCUCUCUCUCUCUCUCACUCGGGUCUAAGAAAAUUCUUGGUGAUCCGUACAUCAAUGGCUUCUUCCACAAGCAUUUCCCUCCUUCUCUUCGUCUCCUUCCUUCUUCUCGUUAACUCGCGCGCAGAGAAUGCGCCAGGUGGCUCAGAUCUCGACGAGGAGCUGGCUUUCCUCGCCGCCGAGGAGUCCAAGGAACUCAGCCACGAGGAACACCAUCAGUACCGAGACUUCGAGAAUUACGAGGAUCUCGAGCACGAAGGAGGCGGAGGAGAGUUCCAUCACGGCGACCACGAAGGCGGCGGGUACGAGGAGCAGCCGCUACCAACCGUCGACGAGAAAGACGUGGCGGUCCUGACCAAGGACAAUCUCACUGCGUUCGUCGGGAACAAUAGCUUCGCGUUGGUGGAGUUCUACGCUCCGUGGUGCGGCGCUUGCCAGGCUCUGGCGCCGGAGUACGCCGCGGCGGCGACCGAGUUAAAGGGCGUUGCGGCGCUCGCGAAGAUCGACGCGACGGAGGAAGGGGAUUUGGCCCAGAAGUACGAGAUUCAGGGAUUCCCCUCCGUUUUGCUGUUCGUCGACGGAGAAAUGCGCAAGACCUACGAAGGAGAAAGGACCAAGGAUGGAAUCGUGACUUGGCUGAAGAAGAAGGCCAGUCCGAGCAUCCACAACAUCACUACGAAAGAGGAGGCUGAGCGUGUUUUAUCUGCUGAACCCAAACUUGUUCUUGGAUUUCUCAACUCCUUAGUGGGGUCGGAGAGUGACGAACUUGCGGCUGCAUCCAGAUUGGAAGAUGAUCUCAGUUUUUACCAAACAGCAAGCCCUGAUAUUGCAAAGCUAUUUGAAAUAGAAUCCGAAGCCAAGCGUCCUGCCUUGGUUUUGUUGAAAAAGGAGGAAGAGAAACUCGCCCGUUUUGAUGGCAAUUUCACCAAGGCGGCUAUCGCAGAGUUUGUGUCAGCCAACAAAGUUCCGUUGGUCAUCAACUUCACUAGGGAAGGCGCAUCGCUGAUUUUUGAGAGCGCAGUGAAAAACCAACUCAUUCUUUUCGCAAAGGCAAAUGAAUCAGAGAAGCACCUUCCCACUCUUAGGGAGGUGGCAAAGGCCUUCAAGGGAAAGUUUGUAUUUGUCUAUGUGCAAAUGGACAAUGAGGACUAUGGAGAAGCAGUUUCUGGAUUCUUUGGUGUUACCGGCACUGCCCCCAAGGUUCUUGUAUACACUGGGAAUGAAGAUAUGAGGAAGUUUAUUCUGGACGGUGAAUUGACCGUCAAGAACAUCAAGACACUUGCGGAAGAUUUCUUAGCAGACAAACUGAAGCCUUUCUACAAGUCAGAUCCUGUACCUGAGAACGUAAGCCUUCCCACAUUUCAACACACACACACAUCUGACAAUCCCACAUUGAUAAUACUGACUCACGAGCUUCUAAAUGAAACGCAGGAUGACGGUGAUGUUAAGAUCAUUGUGGGAAACAAUUUUGAUGAGAUUGUUCUUGACGAGUCAAAGGAUGUUCUUCUCGAGAUAUAUGCGCCUUGGUGUGGCUACUGCCAAUCGUUUGAGCCGAUUUACAACAAGCUUGGAAAGUAUCUGAAGGGCAUCGACUCGCUAGUUGUAGCCAAGAUGGAUGGUACCACCAAUGAGCAUCCUAGAGCAAAGGCUGAUGGAUUCCCAACGAUCCUGUUCUUCCCUGGUGGAAACAAGAGCUUCGAUCCGAUCACUGUGGAUGUUGACCGUACCGUGGUGGAACUGUACAAAUUCCUGAAGAAGCACGCAUCAACCCAAUUUAAACUUGCGAAACCGGCGACACAAGAACCGGUCAUCUCGACUAAGAAGGCUGAUGAGAGGGUUGAGGCUGAUGGUGUCAAGGAUGAGUUGUGAUGAGGAACAAAGAGUGUAACAGACUGAGACUAUAGAUGAUGUGACUCUUCUAUACAUGAUAGAAAAGUGUUUUGUCCUUUGUUUAUUGUUGGUUUCUUUUUUUUGUAUGCUAUGAAAUGGAUAAUUUAAAGAAUUUUUAAUCCGAAAACAUUGGCUUAAGAAAAUUUCAUCAAGCCACGUUAGUAGCAACAUACAGACGCCAAAACUAACAAUGACUUUGUCAAUGGAAACAUCACGUUUCG